AUGAACCUCUAUGGGGUUAAACCUAGGCUCGAACGGGCAGCACAGCCUGCCCACGUUCGCCAAAAGCAACCAAAGGCUCAGAAGCCGCCCCAGCGCAAACCACCUAAAGCCCCGGAGGACCCCACCAAGAGUUACUGCUGGUUCCAUCGUAGCUACGGACCAGGAGCUCGCAGUUGCGGGAAGUCCCGAACCUACGUGACGGGAAAUGGGUAA